UUCCCACACACGUCAGCGCAUCGGCCAGCCAACCCACUCUCCCUCGAAUCCCCAGUCUUCCCGUCUUCUGUGCUCUCUCUGUUCUUCCCCAAAACCCUAAAGCUUAGAACUUAGCAGUCACUAUAAUACCAAAUCAAUCGAUACGCUGAACUCGCUCUGCAAUUCGUACGAUGAGUAUCCUCGACCACGAAGAAGGCCUUCAGCUGAAGGAGAUUCAGAGGCUCGAAGGCCACACUGAUCGCGUCUGGGGCCUCGCCUGGAACCCGGCCACUGGAGGCGCUGGAAAACCGGCGGUGGUGGCCUCUUGCAGCGGCGAUAAGACCGUCCGUAUCUGGCAGCAGGGCUCCCCCUCUGGUUCCUUCCAAUGCAAGGCUGUUUUGGAAGACAUUCAUUCUAGAACUGUUAGAUCUUGUGCUUGGUCCCCAUCAGGUAAAUUAUUGGCAACUGCAAGUUUUGAUGCCACCACAGCUAUAUGGGAAUAUAUUGGGGAUGAUUUUGAAUGUGUAUCUACCCUGGAGGGUCAUGAAAAUGAGGUCAAAAGUGUGUCCUGGAAUGCAUCUGGUUCACUGCUUGCAACCUGUGGCCGAGAUAAAUCUGUUUGGAUUUGGGAAGUACUUGCUGGGAAUGAGUUUGAGUGUGUUUCAGUGUUGCAAGGGCAUACACAAGAUGUUAAAAUGGUCCAGUGGCAUCCCUCAAUGGAUGUUCUGUUUUCGUGUAGUUACGAUAACACUGUCAAGGUUUGGGCAGAGGACGGUGACAGUGAUGAUUGGCAUUGUGUUCAAACACUAAGUGAUUCUAAUGGUGGACACUCAUCUACAGUCUGGGCCCUAUCCUUCAAUGCUAGUGGAGACAAGAUGGUCACUUGUAGUGAUGAUCUAACUGUAAAGAUAUGGGGCACUGAUAUCGUAAGAAUGCAAUCUGGGGAUGGCAAUGCAACUUGGAAACAUCUUGCCACCCUUUCUGGUUAUCAUGACCGGACAAUCUUUUCAGUGCAUUGGUCAAGGGAAGGAAUAAUUGCUACUGGAGCAGCUGAUGAUGCCAUACGUUUAUUUGCUGAGAAUGAUGAUGGCCUGGUUGAUGGACCUAUCUACAAAUUGCUUAUGAAGAAGGAUAAAGCUCAUGACAUGGAUGUCAAUGCGGUGCAAUGGAGCUAUUCGGACAAUAGGCUACUUGCUUCUGCAAGUGAUGAUGGGACAGUAAAGAUAUGGGAGUUGACAACCAAACCCCAAACCCUGAAAUCAAUCAAGAUGGAACAUCCAGAAGAUGAUUGUGUAAUACAUUCUGGGGCUCCUAUCCAUGUAAUGUAACUUGCAGCUUUGAGAAAGGACGACAUGUUUCCAAACUGUUGUAGUUCAUACCAAAUUCUUACUUAUCGUAUGAGAAAUAAUAAUAAUAAUAAAGAUAAAAGAAGGAUAAAGUUAUUGCA